AUCAAAAAACAAAGGAGGCAAACGGUCGCUCCGGGUCAGAGCCGCGGACAUGCCGCUUCUACGCCGAGCUGCAUGCAAUUCUAGGGGGGGCUGCCACCACUACCCUACCUGUGAUCGUGGAUUCUGGGUCGGGGAUAGUCUCAUCAGCGACGCCUGAGGAUUCUGCCGAUGGGGGAGAGGAGGAGGAGGAGGAUGAGGAUGAGCUUGCAGAGAGCACACAGCACUCCGUUCUCCCCAACAGCCAGGAUCUUUUUCUCACCCUGACUGAAGUACCCUCCCAAGCCAGUACCCAAGACUCUGACCCCAUGGAAGGGACCUCAGCAGCUGCAAAUUCCUCAAGCCUCCCUCCUCCAUCCCGAAGGUUAUCACAGAUAAGGCGUCGUAAGAAGAGAACGCGAGACGAGAUGUUUUCUGAAAUUAUGGAAUCCAGCCGCAGUGACAGAGCUCAUCUGAAUGAGUGGAAGGAAACAGUUUCAAAGUAUAGGAAAGAAGCCAGUGAACGUGAGGACAGGAGGGACCAACGUGAGGAGAGGAGGGACCAACGUGAGGAGAGGAGAGACGCUCGAGAUGAGAGGUGGCGGCAGGAAGACCAGAGGAGGCAGGAUGCAACGCUGGGGCUGCUGCGUGAGCAAACAGACAUGCUCCGGCGUCUGGUGGAGCUUCAGGAACGGCUGCUGGAAAACAGACUGCCGCUUCAGCCCCUGUUCCACCCUCCCCCCUCCCCAUGUUCCGUAUCCUCCUCACCCAGACGUGUAAGAACACGGGGGGGGGGGGGAGGCUCCGUACACCUUCCCAUUCCACCCCAGUAGACAGCCCAAGCAAAAGGCUGUCAUUUUUUUAAACCUUUUCUUUGUGGCUUUUUCCUUCCCAGCAAUCCUCCUCCCAAAUACCACCCGGGUUCCCUCCCUCUUUUUCUAAUCUAUUAAUAAAGAAUAAAUGAUUUUUAAA